AGUUAGUCACCUACUUACCGCAGAAACGAGGUAGACCGUGUUCCGUGUGUUACAGUCAGUUUAAAUUGUUUCCGGUAAAUUGUGUUUAUUAUUGAUUUACUUGGGCGGUAAUAAAAUACAUCGUUUUUAAAAAGUUUUUAUUUUAAAAAAUUUACUCGUAAGGUUGUUGUUUGUUGGCUAAUGGAAUAUUGAUCAUUCAAUUUCAGCGAUAUGGAAGUACGAUUCUUCCUUAUUACCUCAAUAUUCUUCUCCUUAGUGGAGUGGAUUGAAGGUCAUGGUAGACUAAUAGAACCUCCAUCCCGUGCCUCUGCCUGGAGAUACGGAUUCGACACGCCUCACAACUAUAAUGAUCACGAGUUAUAUUGUGGAGGAUUUACUAGACAGUGGGUGAAAAAUGAAGGCAAAUGUGGAGUUUGUGGAGACCCUUGGGAUUCAAAGAAACCAAGAGCUCACGAGUAUGGCGGCGUAUUUGGACAAGGAAUUAUUGUACGCAAAUACGGCGUGGGUGGAAUUAUGAACAUUCGAGUGGAGCUUACAGCAAACCAUAAUGGAUACUUCGAGUUUAGGAUAUGCCCAGGUAAAUUUAUUUCUUCACUCAAACAUGUUUUAAUGAGAGAAUAUAUUUCAUGUUACUUAUCUUUUUUAGACUACAAAUCAACAACACAAGAAUGCUUAGAUCAAAACAUUCUAAAAUUAAUAAAGCCCCAAGAGGGAAUGGAUCACAAAAAUCACCGGUAUUUCCCCAAGGAAGGCAACAAAAUUUACGAAAUGAAAUAUAGGUUACCUAAAAAGACUUGUAAACAUUGUGUUUUACAAUGGAAGUAUAUUGCUGGAAACAAUUGGGGUAACUGUCCUAAUGGUACCGGAGCAGUAGGUUGCGGUCCCCAAGAGGAAUUCCGUGCCUGUUCAGACAUCACUAUAUCAGGUAAAGCUGAUGAUGAACAAAUGGUGGUGCCAACCGUACCAAUUAUACCAGAUGAUGAAUAUGACGAAUACAAUGAAUUGGUACCUUCAUCUACCUCUGUUGUACCACCUGGUGAACUACCUACUCCCGAAGAAAGCUACAAUCCAAUUUCAGCACUUAUUAUUAGUUUGCUAUCUUUUUUAAUAGCAUUUUUAGUUUUAUUCCUUCUCUAUUUUCAUUUUUACCGAGUUGGUAAGCAGAUCAGAGAGUGGGUUAAAAGCAGAGGGGAAAAAGGAGAGAAUAAAAUUAGUAAUAUGCAAAAUUUCCCUCCGACGGUACCACCUAGGGCCAAAAAGGGUCCUGCUCCUCAACCUAAUAGACAAAUGAUAUAUAAUGUACAAAAUAUGGCAUAGAUUUCACUUCAUUACUACCAAUUGGUUUUUAUUAAAUGUGAUUAGUGGGUUUAAAUUGAAUUGUUAACAGUUACUGAUUUGAUAUCUAAUGGUAUUUCUCUUGAUGUAGAUUUAUAUGUUGCAUAAGCUCUAACGUUUUUAGAGAUGACAUUUUUGACUGAAUAAUAUUUAUUCAUUGAUACUGUGCAAUUUUAGAUUUAAGGUUUUAUCUUUGUCAAGGAUCUUAAAUACAGCAGUCCAGAAACUCUAUUAAUAAAUCUUGAAGCACAAUAAAAAAAAUCUUUAUGUAUGAUAAUUUCAUCAACCAAUAAUUACUAAGGUUUUGUUGCUAAACUUUUAAUAAAUUAUUAAAAAAAACUAAGUCUCUUUUUACUAAAUAUAACUGUUUAAUGAAAUAAACUUUACAGAAAAAAAUAUUCUUAAUUGUAAAGAUAUAAUAAAACUUAAGUAAUGUUGGGUUUUCUUCUUCUAUUUUGUGAAUUCUACUUUAAGGAAUUCAAUACAUAUUAUAUUUAUUUCCAUCGAAAUUUCACAUAGAUCUAACUUUA